GAAAGGGGUAACUUUACCAGCUGAAAAAACAAAAACCGUCGUGAACAUUUGCACGUAUUUCGCAGCUUGAAGUGGGUUCUUGUCAUAGGAAUGUAUUUUAGUAAUUUGUGCAAUCCCAUCGAUAGUUACACCAUCCUUCGGAAGCAAAGUCAUACCGCGCUCCUUACAUCGCACCAAACGUGUGACCCACCAAGCAGACAGAACUGUUCCCAACCCCAGCGAAAUUGAAUCGAAUAACGUAAACCGUGUCUUGUUUAUCGUUGGCCACACAAUUCCGGCUCUUAUUUACUACAACUAAAAGCCAAAACAAUCAACAAACAUUGCCCAUUUGUAGUGAAACCUUGCUUGUCUCUAUCGUAAACAUAAACCCGCUGCUGCGGGGUGCCGGAUCGUUGGACACAUAAAAAGUGGGGUAAUAGCCAAAACAGCUAAACGUAACAAGUAGCAUCAAAAUCAGUGUCAAUGGCACCGUGGCGAAGACUUUCCGUCGGCCGGGAGGCUCGGGCACAGUUUCAGUGGAUCGUCAUUUGUUUUGGUGUGCUGCUUAGCUUUGCCAACAAUUCUAGCGGAUAUUUCUACAGCGACAGUAGUGCAGAAGCAAGUAAUGAUCGGUUCUGUUUCUGCCAGCUUCAGGGAACGAUCGAUGAUUGCAGCUGCAGUGUGGAUACGGUGGAUUACUAUAACAAUGUAAAAAUCUAUCCUCGCCUGAAAAGCUUGCUGGUAAAAGAUUUCUUUCGCUACUACAAAGUGCACCUGAACAAAGAGUGCCCGUUCUGGGUUGACGACAGCAAGUGUGCGAUGCGGUUUUGCCAUGUGGAACAAUGUGAAGAGAAAGAUAUCCCACCGGGGCUGAAGGGUGACGCGUCGUCUUAUCAUAAGUACAUAAAAGAGGUGCAAACUUUGACGAACUGCAACGAAGACUUGGACGUGGAACUGGGCUACCUCAACACAAGCAUCAGUGAUAAAGCACACAAAGAGUUCCAGAGAUGGGCGGACUAUGACGAAGCGCAAGAUAAUUUCUGCAUCCUGGACGAUCACGAACCCGGUGCGGAGUACGUGGAUCUAUUGCUGAACCCGGAACGGUAUACUGGGUAUCGGGGUGAAUCAGCGCGCCGUAUCUGGAGCAGCAUCUAUUUGGAAAACUGUUUCCAAGCACAUUCUGUGAAGAAGAAAAAUGCUUAUUCUGCCAUGAUUCCCUACCAGGAUAUGGCCCGCAAUGAGGUGUGCCUGGAGCAUCGUGUAUUUUAUCGUAUGAUAUCCGGCCUACACUCCAGCAUCAACAUUCAUCUCUGUGCCAACUAUCUGCUGUCGGAGAAGGGUUCACUCGGCUUCGUCGCACCGGCCGGUGUGUGGGGACCGAAUAUGGAAGAGUUCGAACGUCGCUUCAGUCCCCACAUGACCGACAACGAAGGGUCUCACUGGUUGAGAAAUCUGUACUUUGCGUACCUGGUGGAAAUGCGUGCUUUAGCCAAAGCGGCACCAUACUUAAGAAACGAGGAAUAUUUCACCGGCCUUGAGCGGGAUGAUCGCGAAGUGAAAACGGCGGUCAAGGAUCUGCUAACCGUAAUUGAAGGUUUUCCGGCGCAUUUCAACGAAACGGCGAUGUUUAGCGGAGGCACAUCGGCGAUUAAGUUGAAGCAUGAGUUCCGGGAAAAGUUUAUGAACAUUUCCAAAAUUAUGGACUGCGUCGGGUGCGAUAAAUGCCGGCUGUGGGGUAAGCUGCAGGUACAGGGCAUGGGAACGGCACUGAAAAUUCUUUUCUCGGGCAAGUUUGACGAUAAGAUCGAUACCGGGCUCGGCACGAAGCUGAAACAACAGUCGCCAUCGUUGAGGUUGAAGCGCGGCGAGAUAGUGGCGUUAUUCAACGCCUUUGGAAGGCUUUCGACAAGUAUACACGAAUUAGAAGAGUUCCGACAACGAAUGCGAUGAGCGUGCAGAGGUGGAAACUCGUUUUAUCCCCGCAAAAGACUUAUCACCCCCCCGGUACCGGUGCAACAACCAUGUGAUGAAACUCGACUUUUAAUCCCAAUCGAAUUCAGUGAUUUCCGGUUUGUUCGUUUAUGAUAAGGCUUUGGAUACGUACUUGUUAAAAGUUGGCAGCGUUAAUCCAUUGUUUUGUUUCGUUUUAAAGUGUGGUUGGUGUGUUUUUUUGUUUGUUUGUUUAAUGAACUACCUGUACUCGACAGCAAACAGAGAGUACAGUAUGUGUACUGAUCUUGAAGAUCACUAUGAAACUUACCGUGUGUAGGGCAGUGUAUUGCCGAAGCGUUAGGACGCGUUUGUACAGUUGUUCUAGAAUACGUAUACAUGCACAAUGGCAUUAUGGUGCAACAUUACGGACGUUCCGUACGUUUCCUACUAACUUAUACCACCAGUUUUGAUGUGCAUGCCCUCACAAAAAUGUAUGUAAAUUAUCGAUGUACAAUCAUAUUUAUCAGUGUUUUGUAAAUAUAUCAAGAGAAUGGUAGUGUU